CCAUCCCUACUCGACGACAGCGCCGCGCGCCGCGCCCGCGUUCAUUCACUCAGUUCGCUUCAUUCGCUCCCGAAGUUGAGAUGGCUGCACUGUGUUUACGGACUAGUGAAUUAUUUUUAUUAUUAUUUUUAAUAAUCAGCACGUGUGCCGUCGCACCGCCAUGGAUAUUUUCUGUAAAACAAUACACGAAAACUUGUGAUGUAAACAAAUGUGUGUUUGAUGUUGAUGUGAACGCGAGAAAUGUUGACGAGUGGUCCCUUACUUUUGAACCGGCGUCAGAAGAAAAAUGUGGUUCGUUGUUUGUGAAUAAAGUAUUUGAAAAUGUACUUGUUGAAUUACCUAAUGAUGGGAGGAGGGUAUACUUCUGUGUUAAAAGCGAUGGAUUGUGGCAUCAUAAAGGAGAAGGUGUCUUUUUGGAAUCCAAUGACGUCACCGGCCCGAACGACUUGGAACUACCAAUCGAAAAUGAAAUCGAAGAUGAUGAUGACUUCACCAGCAUCAUAGAAGAUUCCUACGCACCAAACCAUGAGAGGAUCCGUCGCCAAGCUGAUGCACCGACCACAGCGGCUCCAGAAGUGGCUGACACUUCAGAUGCACCUGUAGAAACUGCAUUAGACUCAAAUGCUACUGUGAACUCCAGUUUAGGUCCCAAAAUCACCCACCCAGAAGGAGCUAUUAAGCUCAUGGGUUUGAGGGUUGAGGAGUCGGAGAAGGAGCCCAAAAUUGUAGAUGAGUUAAUACCCAGUGUGUUGAGGGAGACGCAUUUCUUUUUAAGACUUUUUGGGGAGAAUUUCUCAAAUGAUACCAUUAUUGCUUUUACUCAUACUCCGGCCGCUUAUGGGUCUACUUGUGAUCAUUUGCUCAAUGGAGAGUAUAAGGUAUCCUACGCGGAAGCAAACUCCGCCCUCCUCUCAAUGACCGCCCCUCCCCCACUAGACGACUACAAAUUCUACAUCUGCGCGAAAAACUCCGAAACAGACCACUUCUUGCACCAGGGCUCCGAAAAAUGGAAGAUCUUGGCGACACACAACAAACUAUUACCUCUAUGGGCUUCAAUCAUCCUGAUCAUCAUUCUUCUACUUUUAGCUUCUCUCUUCUCCGGUUUGAACUUAGGUCUGAUGGCUUUAGAUAGGACAGAGCUGAAGAUUAUUGCCAACACUGGAACGGAGAAGGAGAGGAAAUAUGCUAGAGCUAUCAUGCCGGUUAGGGCCCAUGGAAACUAUCUUCUCUGCACAAUUCUUCUCAGUAAUGUUGCUGUAAACAGCACGUUCACUGUAAUUCUGGAUGAUUUGACUUCUGGGCUGGUGGCUGUGAUUGGGUCUACCCUGGCUAUCGUGUUCAUUGCUGAGAUUACUCCUCAAGCUGUCUGCGCCAGACAUGGUCUCUUCGUUGGUGCUAAGAGUAUCUGGAUUAUGAAGAUUGUAAUGGGUAUCUGCGCCCCCCUGGCGUGGCCGACCAGCAAGCUUCUGGAUUACUUCUUGGGUGAAGAAAUCGGAACGCAUUACAAUAGGGAACGUCUAAAGGAGCUGGUCAGGGUAACAGACCACGUCAACGAUUUGGACAAGGAAGAGGUGAACAUCAUCUCCGGUGCCCUCGACCUUCGCAAGAAGAAGGUCAGCGAUGUGAUGACCAAGCUGAAGGACUGCUUCAUGCUGCCCAUCAACAGCAUUCUGGACUUCGAGACUAUGUCGGAGAUUGUUAAGUCUGGCUACUCCCGCAUCCCAGUAUACGAGGGCACCCGCGGCAACAUAGUGACGGUGCUGUUCAUCAAGGACCUGGCGUUCGUGGACCCUGACGACAACACGCCGCUGCGCACGCUCUGCCAGUACUACCAGAACCCCUGCAAUUUCGUCUUCGAAGACAUCACUCUUGAUGUAAUGCUGAAGCAGUUUAAGGAAGGUCACAAAGGCCACAUGGCGUUUGUGCAGCGCAUCGAGGAAGGAGACGGGGACCCCGUGUAUGAGACCGUUGGGCUGGUCACUCUGGAGGACGUCAUCGAGGAGAUGAUUCAGGCGGAGAUUGUCGAUGAGACUGAUGUUAUCAGCGACAAUCGCACGAAGAAGCGUCUGGCCCGUCCCGUGAACAAGUUCCAGGACCUGGCUGCCUUCGCGGGCCACCACGAGCACCAGCGGGUGCACGUGUCGCCGCAGCUCGUGCUCGCCACCUUCCAGUUCUUGAGCACUAGCGUGGAUCCUUUCAAGGUGGACCACAUCUCGGAGACGGUACUCCGUCGCCUGCUGAAGCAGGAUGUGAUCCAGCACAUCAAGCUGAAGGGAGACGAGGAUAAGAACGAUCCCAAGAGAUACGUGUUCUCUGAAGGAAAGCCGGUGGACUACUUCGUGCUGAUCCUGGAGGGGCGCGUGGAGGUGACGGUGGGCCGCGAGAACUUGGUGUUCGAGGCCGGGCCCUUCACCUACUUCGGCGUGCAGGCGCUCACGCAGAACGUUGGAUUAGCCGAAGCCCCAGCGCCGUCGACCCUGGGCUCCCUGCAGAACCUGAACAUGGACUCGAUGCUGCGCCACUCCUUCGUGCCCGACUACUCCGUCAGGGCCAUCGCUGAACUAUACUACCUCACUAUUAAGAGAUCAAUGUACUUAGCUGCUAAACGCGCCACUCUGAUGGAGAAGGGAGUGCUCGGUAGAGGAGGCACUAACGAACAAAUCGAGCCAGAGGUUGAUAAGUUGCUACGCGACGGCGACAACCGUGUUGAGGAGAUACGAGAGGAGAGACAACGCGAGGACAAUUCUAAACCGUAUGUACCGACCUCUGCCAGCCCCCAUACGAACGCGACGUUCAAGUCUGACAAGGAAGUACAUCCGGAAGAGGAGAAACUAUUAAAAAAGUAAAUUAAAAAAAUAAUAGAAGAAAUAUUUUAAUAGAAAAUACGUAAUAUACAUUUAUUUUUUCAUAAUAACACCAGAAUCUUAUAAUAAUGGGAUUAAGAUAUAAUAUACAUAAGAAACUGCCUGCCUCAGUAGUGCGACUGCCAGGCAAAGGGGUCUCGGGUUCGAUUCCCGGGUAGGGCAAAGUCAAACUGAGCUUUUUUUGAAAAUUUCUCAGUAGUAGCACGGUGUCUGGAAUUGUGUCCAGUAUAUGGCAAUAGACUCACUCCCUAUUACAUGGGACUUAUAACACAAAUGGUGAAAAGUGGGUGUAUAGUGUAUAGCGGUAUUAUGUGCUGUAAUAUGCACCCCUGCCUACCUCUUCGGGGAUAAAACGCGUGACGGUGUGUUUCAUAAAAUAACUGCUGAAAAGUGGGCCUUACAAUGUAUACAAUUAAUAUUUUAUAUUACGUAUUUUCUAAUAAAAUUUUUGACUUAAAUAAAUUCGGUAUUGUAUACUGAAGAAAAUAAUUUUAAUCAAUAUUUUUUUUGUUAUGUAUAAAUCACAAAUAUAUAUGAAAAACAAAUGUUACAAUUCAAGUCUUCCUGUAUAUAUAAUAUAUUAUAAUACUAGCUUUUGCCCUCGGCUUCGCUUGAAAAUAAUACAUAAAUAUAACACUUCCCAUUAAAUCAUACAUCAACAGCCUAUAAGUGGUCACUGCUGACCAAAGGCCUCUUCUCACACGGAGAAGGUUUGAACAUUAAUCACCACGCUUGCUCAAUGUGGGUUGGCGAUUUCAAACUUAUAAUUAGAAAUUAUAAGCCCAGGUUUCCUCACGAUGUUUUCCUUCACCGUUUGCUGAAUUUAGAAACAGGGGUAGAUUAUGGUCUGGAAUAACACAUAGGCUACUAUUUUAUCCCACGGGAAUGCAAGCGAAUCCGCUGGUAAAAGCUAGUAUAUAUAGAUAUACAUUUUACUAUACAUACAUAAUAUACAUAUAAUAUGCAACAGUGUUUGUAUGAGAUUUCUGAUACUUUUUCAAAAUAUGUAUUAGUCAGAGUACAAAAUUCGAUGCCCAAUUCAGCAUUUUAUAUUUUAUAUUUUAUGCACUUGUAACGCCUCUGGUGUUUCAAGUGUCCAUGGGCGGCGGCGAUUGCUUACCAUCAGGUCUGCUAUACAUAAUAUAAAAAAAUAUAUCUAUUGACACUAUUUAGAUAAAACGAAAUCUCAUAUAAACUCUGUUACAUUACUAUAUGACAAAAAAACAAACAAUUUUGUAAAAUUUACAAUGUAUUUAAUAAUUCUGUCUACCCCACGGGGGCAAGAGGCGUGAAUAUAAACAAAGUCACAAUAUAAUUAUGACAUGUUAUAAAAAUAAUUUAUUUUUAUAAUUUUAAAACAGUUUUAUAUAAAUAUGAAUUCAAUUAAUAUUAAUAAUUAUGAUUUAUAUUAAACGAACAAUUUAAAAUGUG